AUGGGAUCAAAACUUAUAAAACAAUGUUUAGCUUGGAAUCAAAUAUCUAAACACAAAACUAUUCGAUGGUCGAAACCUGCAGUUUCUUCAACUACAACAAAAGCAAUCACAGAUUUGAUCUCUCGUGUACUUGAUGAUGCUCCAGUUGCUCAAUUGUUUCAAGUUUUGAUCAGUGCUAACUUAACAGUUAAUGACAAAGAUGUUUUUCAACUUUCCAAUGGUUUUACACCUGGAUCAAUACUGAUAUCAGCAUCAUCAGGUGUAGCUGCUGCAAUGGGAUUCAAUUACUAUCUCAAAUAUGUUGCACAGAAUUCAUUUUAUUGGUCAGGCAAAAAUAUCCAACUACCUCAAUCAUCAUUAAUUCCAUUAUCUACACAGAUUCAAAUUGUGGUCAAUGAUGUUUUUCGUUGGUAUGGUAAUCCAUGUACAUUCAGUUAUUCAGCUGUAUUUUGGAAUUUUUCCAGAUGGGAAAAAGAGAUAGAUUGGAUGGCUAUGAAUGGUAUCAAUAUAGCAUAUGCAACAACUGGAAUGGAAUAUAUUUUUAGUAAAGUCUUUCUACGAAUGGGUUUUACUCAAUCGGAAUUAGAUGAUUAUUUCACGGGACCAGCUUUUUUAGCUUGGCAUCGUAUGGGUAAUCUUCAAAAGCAUGCUGGUCCAUUGUCAAGAAAAUGGCAUGAAUCACAAUUUGAACUUGCUAAACAAAUAAUUCAAAGAAUGACUGAUAUUGGAAUCAUUCCAGUUCUACCUGCUUUCACUGGUUUCAUGCCUCGUACUGCACCUAAACAUUUUCCUACAGCGAAAUUUCAUUAUUCGGCGAAUUGGGUUGGCUUCGGUUGUAAUGAAUCUUGUUUGCCAUAUCUUGAUCCAACUGAUCCAUUUUUUCAAACAGUUGGUGUUGCCCUACUUAAUGAAACAAUUGUUUCUCUCAACAUAGAUUCACAUUAUUUUGCUUGUGAUCUAUUCAAUGAGAUGCCACCACCGAUUGGUGAUCUCAAUUAUUUGGCUGAUAUCAAUGCACGCAUUUUUCAAACUAUGCAAACGGUUGAUCCUGAUGCUGUUUGGGUGAUGUUAGCUUGGUUAUUUCUUGAAGAUUUUUGGACGCCUGAUCGUGUGAAAAGUUAUCUGAGCAAAGUUCCUCAAGGAAAUCUCAUUUUAUUAGACCUCUACUCUGAAGCGAUACCACAAUAUGCACGUUUUCAAUCAUUCUAUGGACAUUUUUAUAUAUGGAAUAUGUUACAUGAUUUUGGUGGUAAUAAUGAUUUGUUCGGUUCUCUUGUUGAUGUUACCAAUGGACCACAAGCUGCUCGUAACUAUUCAGGUCAAUAUAUGAUUGGUGUUGGUAUCACAAUGGAAGGUAUAAAUCAAAACGAAAUUAUGUAUGAAUUUGCACUGGAACAAUCAUGGCGCACUCCAUUGAAAGCGAGUGAAUUAAAUCAAUGGUUAGUCGAUUUUGUCUUACGUCGAUAUGCAAGUAAUGAUGCAAUGCCUACUUCUGCACUGUACGCUUGGCAAAUAUUAGGAAAUUCAGUUUAUCAGAAAACUCAGAGUGGUGGUUAUUCAUUAAUGUUACACAGACCAGGAGUUAGUGAAGAUCAAGCUAUCAAUUUCGAUCUCAAAUCUCUAUUUUUUGCUUGGGAACUGUUAGUGGAUGCGUCAGCUGAACUUGAUUCGGAUUUAUUUCGAUAUGAUUUAGUAGAUAUUACUAAAGAAGUUCUACAAUAUAAAUUUGCUAUUGAUUAUAGUCAAUUGAUAGCUGCUUUCAAUCAAAAAGAUCUCUACGGAGUUGGUAAUCAAGCAGCUAUUCUUGUUGAUAUUUUGGCUGAUAUGGAAAUGGUAUUAGCGUCAGAUCGUCGUUUUCUAUUAGGUAAUUGGAUCGGUGAUGCAUUAAAAUUUGCAAAGAGUGAAGAAGAAAUUCAUUUUUAUAAUUUUAAUGCUAAACUUCAAAUAUCUAUUUGGGGAAAUAAUUAUACAUUAGAAUUAUAUGAUUAUGCAAGUAAAUUUUGGUCUGGAAUGAUUCAAGACUAUUAUGCUCCUCGAUGGCAUGUCUUCUUUGACAUGUUACUUAAAAGUCUUGUAGAAGGUCAACCUGUUGAUAGUGGUGUUUUGGAGGAACGUUUAUUUCUCGAAGCUGAAUUACCAUUUAUUAUGUUAGAUACAAAGCAUUAUCCAACAACUACACAAGGUGAUUCAAUUAUGAUUGUUCGUGAAUUAUACAAUAAAUAUCGAUCGACAUUGAACAAUAUUGAUGUGCCAUUAAGCAUUCCAAAACAACAAUUUCCUUUUAAGCAUUAUUUCAAUUAUAACAAAAAAAUACAAUAA